GUCAAAAUGGCGGCCGAGGUGGCGAAGCAGCAGCAGCGGCGGCGGAGGCGACUGGAGUGAGCGCCCGGCUCGCCGCGCCGACCAGGGCCCGGGCAGGGCCGCGCGCGGUGCCGCGUCCUGCCCCUCAGGCCCGGGGCCGCGUCGGCCGCCGCGCUUCGUCCGCUCCCGGUGGUUUCCUAGAAGCAUGAUUGUUUGUUGCACUUGAUCUCACAACCUGGUGAGGACUUCUUUACUGAUAAUGUCAAGUUCAGGUUAUCCUCCCAACCAAGGAGCAUUCAGCACAGAGCAAAGUCGUUAUCCUCCCCACUCUGUUCAGUACACCUUUCCCAGCACCCGUCACCAGCAGGAGUUUGCAGUCCCUGAUUAUCGUUCUUCUCAUCUCGAAGUCAGUCAGGCCUCACAGCUCUUGCAGCAGCAGCAGCAGCAGCAGCAGCAGCAGCUUCGCAGACGACCUUCCCUGCUUUCAGAGUUUCACCCAGGUUCUGACAGGCCUCAAGAAAGGAGAACUGGAUAUGAGCAGUUUCACCCAGGCCCUUCCCCGGCGGAUCAUGAUUCACUGGAAUCCAAGCGACCACGUCUGGAGCAGGUUUCUGAUUCCCAUUUCCAGCGGGUCAGCGCUGCGGUCUUACCUUUAGUGCACACGCUGCCAGAAGGGGUGAGGUCUUCUGCAGAUGCUAAGAAGGAUCCAGCAUUUGCAGUCAAACAUGAAGCUCCUUCCUCUCCAGUCUCUGGGCAGCCGUGUGGAGAUGAUCCAAAUGCUUCACCUUCAAAGCUCUCAAAGGAAGAGUUAAUACAGAGCAUGGAUCGUGUAGACCGAGAAAUUGCAAAAGUAGAACAGCAGAUCCUUAAACUGAAAAAGAAACAACAACAGCUUGAAGAAGAAGCUGCUAAACCUCCAGAGCCUGAGAAGCCUGUGUCCCCUCCUCCCGUGGAGCAGAAACACCGCAGUAUUGUCCAAAUUAUUUACGAUGAAAAUCGGAAAAAAGCAGAAGAAGCUCAUAAAAUAUUUGAAGGUCUUGGCCCAAAAGUUGAACUGCCACUCUAUAACCAGCCAUCAGAUACCAAGGUGUAUCAUGAGAACAUCAAGACAAACCAGGUGAUGAGGAAAAAACUCAUUUUAUUUUUUAAAAGAAGAAAUCAUGCAAGGAAACAAAGGGAGCAAAAAAUCUGCCAACGUUAUGAUCAGCUCAUGGAGGCAUGGGAGAAAAAAGUGGACAGAAUAGAAAAUAAUCCUCGGAGGAAAGCUAAAGAAAGCAAAACAAGGGAGUAUUAUGAAAAGCAGUUUCCAGAAAUUCGAAAACAAAGAGAACAGCAAGAACGGUUUCAGCGAGUUGGGCAGAGGGGAGCUGGUCUUUCAGCCACCAUUGCUAGGAGUGAACAUGAGAUUUCUGAAAUUAUUGAUGGGCUCUCUGAACAGGAGAAUAAUGAGAAACAAAUGCGACAGCUCUCUGUGAUCCCACCUAUGAUGUUUGAUGCAGAACAGAGAAGGGUCAAGUUCAUUAACAUGAAUGGGCUUAUGGAGGACCCUAUGAAGAUUUAUAAAGAUAGGCAGUUCAUGAAUGUUUGGACUGACCAUGAGAAGGAGAUCUUUAAGGACAAGUUUAUCCAGCAUCCAAAAAACUUUGGACUAAUUGCAUCUUACUUGGAAAGGAAGAGUGUUCCUGAUUGUGUUUUAUAUUACUACUUAACCAAGAAAAAUGAGAAUUAUAAAGCCCUAGUAAGAAGGAACUAUGGAAAACGCAGAGGAAGAAACCAGCAAAUUGCCCGACCCUCACAAGAAGAAAAAGUAGAAGAAAAAGAAGAAGAUAAAGCAGAAAAAACAGAAAAAAAAGAGGAGGAAAAGAAAGAUGAAGAAGAAAAAGAUGAAAAGGAGGACUCUAAAGAAAACACCAAGGAAAAGGAUAAGACAGAAAGUACGGCAGAAGAAACUGAGGAGAGAGAGCAGGCCACGCCCCGGGGCCGAAAGACUGCCAACAGUCAGGGCCGCCGAAAGGGCCGGGUCACCAGGUCCAUGACCAGUGAGGCCGCGGCUGCCAGCGCUGCGGCUGCUGCGGCCACCGAGGAGCCCCCCCCACCUCUGCCACCGCCACCAGAACCCAUUUCCACAGAACCUGUAGAAACCUCUCGAUGGACAGAAGAAGAAAUGGAAGUUGCUAAAAAAGGUCUAGUAGAACAUGGUCGUAACUGGGCAGCAAUUGCCAAAAUGGUGGGAACUAAAAGUGAAGCCCAAUGUAAAAACUUCUAUUUUAACUAUAAGAGACGACACAAUCUUGACAACCUCUUGCAGCAGCAUAAACAGAAAGCCUCACGGAAGCCUCGUGAAGAGCGAGAUGUGUCUCAGUGUGAAAGUGUAGCUUCCACCGUUUCUGCUCAGGAGGACGAGGACAUCGAAGCCUCCAACGAAGAGGAAAAUCCCGAGGACAGUGAAGUUGAAGCUGUCAAGCCCGGCGAAGACAGCACUGAAAACGCGCCUCCUCGGGGGACCACGCCCGACCCCGUGCCCAGGGCCUCUCCCUCGCCGGCAGUUCCGAGCACAGAAGCAGCCGAGGAUGCCAGUGUGGAGACCCAGGCGAACGACAGUGUGGCAGUGGACACAGCAGAGCCGAUGGACGUGGGGCACAGGGAGUGCGGGGCUGAAGGCACUUCUGCUCUGGACCUCCCCUCGGCCGCCAAGGCUGACACUGCGGACGUGGAAAUGCCAGAAAGCAGUCCAUCCAGAGUCGAAGGGGACCCCAAAGACAGAGACCUGGAGAGAGGCAGCGAGAAGCCGGAGCCUGGAGGCGACGACCUAGGGGUGGCCCAGCAGAUGAGCGCCCCGAGGCCCGAGCUCCCCUCUGACCACGACUCCAGUGCCACGUGCAGUGCCGAUGAGGAUGUGGACGGGGAACCCGAGAGGCAGCGAAUGUUUCCUAUGGAUUCAAAACCUUCAUUGUUAAACCCCACUGGAUCUAUACUGGUCUCGUCCCCAAUAAAACCAAAUCCACUGGACCUGCCACAGCUUCAGCAUCGAGCUGCUGUCAUCCCGCCAAUGGUUUCCUGCACCCCAUGUAACAUACCGAUUGGAACUCCAGUGAGCGGCUUCGCCCUCUACCAGCGACACAUCAAAGCCAUGCAUGAGUCAGCGCUUCUGGAGGAGCAGCGGCAGAGGCAGGAGCAGAUGGACCUGGAGCGCAGGGGUUCUGCGAGCCCGCGUGGCGCCCCCAAGAGCCCAAACAGAGAGUGGGAAGUCCUCCAGCCUGCUCCGCAUCAAGUGAUAACUAACCUCCCUGAAGGGGUUCGGCUUCCAACAACUCGACCCACUAGGCCACCUCCUCCUCUCAUCCCAUCUUCCAAAACCACAGUGGCUUCAGAAAAACCAUCUUUUAUACUGGGAGGCUCCAUCUCACAGGGAACACCCGGCACUUACUUGCCUUCUCCUAAUCAGGCCUCCUAUGCUCCCGAGGCAGCGAAGCCCUCGGCGGGCUCCAUCUCCCUGGGACUGCCACGGCAGCAGGAGGCCGCCAAGCCAGCUACUGUGCCCUACAUCAAGCAAGAAGAGUUUUCUCCCCGAAGCCAAAACUCACAACCUGAGGGUUUAUUGGUCAGAGCCCAACAUGAAGGAGUGGUCAGAGGUACCACAGGAGCCAUUCAAGAAGGAAGUAUAACUCGGGGAACUCCCUCCAGCAAACUUUCUGUGGAGAGCAUCCCAUCCCUCCGGGGCUCUAUCACCCAGGGGACCCCGGCUCUGUCCCAGGCUGGCAUACCAACUGAGGCUUUGGUAAAGGGACCCAUUUCUAGACUGUCCAUUGAAGAGAGCAGUCCUGAGAAAGGCCGAGAGGAAGCUGCAUCCAAAGGCCAUGUUAUUUAUGAAGGCAAAAGUGGACACAUCUUAUCUUACGAUAAUAUUAAGAAUGCCCGAGAAGGGACGAGGAGUCCGAGAACAGCUCAUGAAAUCAGUCUCAAAAGAAGCUAUGAAUCAGUGGAAGGAGGUCUAAAGCAAGGGUUGUCCAUGAGGGAGUCUCCUGUGUCAGCACCGCUGGAGGGGCUGAUCUGCCGAGCAUUACCCAGGGGGAGCCCUCACUCUGACCUCAAAGAAAGGACUGUGCUGUCUGGUUCCAUAAUGCAGGGCACACCAAGAGCGACAACUGAAAGUUUUGAAGAUGGCCUUAAGUACCCCAAACAGAUUAAAAGGGAGAGUCCGCCCAUACGAGCAUUUGAAGGUGCCAUUACCAAAGGAAAACCUUACGAUGGCAUCACCACCAUCAAAGAGAUGGGGCGCUCCAUCCAUGAGAUCCCCCGGCAAGAUGUUUUAACUCAGGAAAGCCAGAAAACCCCAGAAGUGGUACAGAGCACGAGGCCCAUGGUCGAGGGCUCCAUCUCCCAGGGCACACCCGUCAAGUCUGACAGCAGUUCAGGCCAGUCCGCCAUCAAGCACAACGUCAAGUCCUUGGUCGCGGGGCCUAGCAGACUGCCCCGUGGGCUGCCUCCGCUGGAAAUUAGGCCAGAGAGCAUAAAAGCGGUCGAACGGGGAAAAUAUGAGGACGUGAAAGCAGGCGAGCCUGUGCGUUCCCGGCACACGUCGGUGGUAAGCUCUGGCCCCUCGGUUCUCAGGUCAACGCUUCACGAAGCCCCCAAAGCACAGCUGAGCCCGGGGAUUUACGAGGAUGCCAACGCACGGCGGACGCCGGGGAGUUACGCCAGCACUGCGCCCAGAGGCUCGCCCAUGAUGAGCAGAGCUCCCGAUGUUACGAUUUCUUCUAGCAAGUCUACCAGUCUUGAAAGGAAGUCAACACUGACCCCUACCCAGAGGGAAAGCAUCACAGCGAAGUCUCCAGUUCCUGGGGUAGACCCUGCAGUGAGCCACAGCCCUUUUGAGCCGCACCACAGGGGCGGGGCCCCAGGGGAGGUUUACCGGAGCCAUCUGCCCACACAUCUGGACCCAGCCAUGCCGUUUCACCGGGCUCUGGAUCCUGCAGCUGCUGCUUACCUGUUCCAGAGACAGCUGUCACCAACCCCAGGUUACCCCAGUCAGUAUCAGCUCUAUGCGAUGGAGAACACGCGGCAGACGAUCCUCAACGACUACAUCACCUCACAGCAGAUGCAAGUGGGCCUGCGCCCGGAUGUGGCCAGAGGGCUCUCCCCCCGGGAGCAGCAGCUGGGUCUUCCGUACCCAGCAACCAGGGGAAUCAUUGACCUGACCAAUAUGCCCCCAGCAAUUUUAGUGCCUCAUCCAGGGGGAACAAGCACUCCCCCCAUGGACAGAAUCACUUACAUUCCUGGAACACAGGUCACCUUCCCUCCGCGGCCGUACAACUCUGCGUCCAUGUCUCCAGGACACUCAACACACCUCGCGGCUGCGGCAAACGCUGAAAGAGAGCGGGAGCGGGAGAAGGAGCGGGAGCGCCUCGCCGCAGCCCCCUCAGACCUCUGCCUGCGGCCAGGCUCAGAACAGCCAGGCCGGCCCAGCAGCCACGGCUACGUUCGCUCCCCGUCUCCUUCAGUCAGAGCUCAGGAGACCCUGCUGCAGCAGAGACCCAGCGUUUUCCAGGGAACCAAUGGAACCAGCGUGAUCACACCUUUGGACCCGAGCGCACAGCUACGGAUCAUGCCGCUGCCUGCUGGGGGCCCUUCCAUCAGCCAGGGCCUGCCGGCCUCCCGUUACAAUACUGCUGCGGACGCCCUGGCUGCUCUUGUGGACGCCGCAGCGUCUGCUCCCCAGAUGGACGUGUCCAAAACAAAAGAGAGUAAGCAUGAAGCUGCCAGGUUAGAAGAAAAUUUGAGGAGCAGGUCAGCAGCAGUUAGUGAGCCGCAGCUAGAGCAGAAAAGCCUGGAGGCGGAGAAGAGACCCGGUCAGUGUGUGUGCACUUCUUCAGCCCUGCCGAGUGGCAGGCCCCAGCCUCAUUCUGCCGUAGUUUACGCUGAGGCUGGGAAGGAGAAAGGGCCUCCUCCAAAAUCCAGAUAUGAGGAAGAGCUAAGGACCCGAGGGAAGACUACCAUUACCGCAGCUAACUUCAUAGACGUGAUCAUCACCCGGCAAAUUGCCUCGGACAAGGAUGCAAGGGAACGUGGCUCCCAGAGUUCAGACUCUUCCGGUAGCUUAUCUUCUCACCGGUAUGAAACACCUGGCGAUGCCAUUGAGGUGAUAAGCCCUGCCAGCUCCCCCGCGCCGCCCCCCGAGAGGCUGCAGGCCUACCAGCCGGAGGUCGUGAAGGCGAGCCAGGCAGAAAACGAAGCCUGCAGGCAGUACGAAGGACCGCUGCACCACUAUCGGCCGCAGCCGGAGUCACCCUCCCCGCAGCCGCCGCUGCCCCCAUCUUCACAGGCUGAGGGGGUGGGGCAGGUGCCCAGGACACACCGACUCAUCACACUUGCUGAUCACAUCUGUCAAAUUAUCACGCAAGAUUUUGCUAGAAAUCAAGUUCCGUCACAGCCUCCCCAGCAGCCUCCCACUUCUACAUUCCAAAAUUCACCGUCUGCUUUGGUGUCCACACCCGUGAGGACUAAAACAUCAAACCGUUACAGCCCAGAAUCCCAGUCUCAGUCUCUUCACCAUCAAAGACCAGGUUCAAGGGUCUCUCCAGAAAAUCUUGUGGACAAAUCCAGGGGAAGUAUCAGGCCUGGAAAGUCCCCAGAGAGGAGUCACGUCUCUAGCGAGCCCUACGAGCCCAUCUCCCCACCCCAGGUUCCGGUCGUGCACGAGAAACAGGACAGUGUGCUGCUCCUGGCCCAGCGCGGAGCCGAGCCCGCGGAGCAGAGGAAUGAUUCCCGAUCACCAGGGAGUAUAAGCUACUUGCCUUCAUUCUUCACCAAGCUGGAAAACACCUCACCCAUGGUUAAAUCAAAGAAGCAGGAGAUCUUUCGUAAGUUGAACUCCUCUGGUGGAGGUGACUCUGAUAUGGCAGCUGCUCAGCCAGGAACUGAGAUCUUUAACCUGCCGGCAGUCACCACCUCAGGCUCCGUGAGCUCCCGAGGUCAUUCCUUUGCUGAUCCUGCCAGCAACCUCGGGCUGGAGGACAUCAUCCGGAAGGCGCUCAUGGGGAGCUUUGAAGACAAAGUGGAGGACCACGGGGUCGCCAUGCCCCAGCCCCUGGGGGGGGUGCCUGGUGGUGCCGGCACCCCGGUGGCGACCAGCGGUGAGGCCCGGAGAGAGGAAGGGGACCCGUCACCUCAUUCAGGAGGAGUUUGCAAACCAAAGCUGAUCAGCAAGUCAAACAGCAGGAAAUCAAAAUCUCCUAUCCCAGGGCAAGGCUACUUGGGAGCCGAACGGCCCUCCUCGGCCUCCUCUGUGCACUCAGAAGGGGAUUACCACAGGCAGACGCCAGGCUGGGCCUGGGAGGACAGACCUUCCUCGACAGGCUCGACGCAGUUCCCCUACAACCCCCUGACCAUGCGGAUGCUCAGCAGCACGCCCCCUGCGCCCGUUGCCUGUGCGCCCGUUGCCUGUGCGCCCGCCUCUGCCAGCCCUGCUGCCCCUCACCAGCCGAGCAGGAUCUGGGAUCGGGAGCCGGCCCCGCUGCUCUCUGCGCAGUAUGAGACGCUGUCCGACAGCGACUGA